AUGAAGCACGAGGAGCUCGACAAUCUUGCGAGCAAUCUCUCCGGAGAUUUCCGCUCCAUUGAGCCCCGUUUGCGGGACCUUGAUAAGCACCUGACUCUCAGAACCUACCUGGAGGGGUACACCUUGGGAGAUCUUGAGAAGAAGAUUUGGCAGACUCUACGAGGAAACAAGGUCGCCAUUGGGUUCAUCCGACGAAAUGGACUCCCUAACCUGACUAGAUGGUUCACUUUCCUUGAGCAGACUCAUCCUGAGCUUCAAGAGGACGCCACUAAGGGCAAGGCCAUUGCAAACAAGGGUGGUGCCAACUACAACCUGGCACUUCAGGAUGCCGACAAGGGCGUUGUGACUCGAUUCCUUCCCGAGCCUUCUGGCUAUUUACACAUCGGACACGCCAAAGCGGCUCUUCUCAGCGACUACUUCGGUCAUGUUGCCUACAAGGGCCAAAUGCGUCUCCGACUCGACGACACCAAUCCUGCCAAAGAGAGCGAGGAGUUUCAGGAUGCAAUUGUCGAGGACCUUGCUCUCAUGGGAAUCAAGCCCGAUGCUCUGACAUACACCUCCGAUUACUUCGAGUACCUAUAUGAGACGUGCAAGAAACUCAUCUCCAUGGGCAAAGCCUAUGCGGACGAUACUGACCAGGAGACCAUGAGAGCCCAGCGAAUGGAUGGUAUCCCCUCCAAGCGCCGCGAUAGAUCCAUCGAGGAGAACCUGCGCAUCUUUGAGGAGAUGAAGAAGGCCUCUGAGGAGGGUCUGGCUCACUGCAUUCGUGCCAAGAUCUCCGCUGAUGACCCCAACAAGGCCAUGCGUGACCCCGUCAUCUACCGAUGCAACAUCGAGAACGCUCACCACCGAACCGGCCGCAAGUGGAACAUCUAUCCCAUGUAUGAUCUUGCAUGCCCCGUUGUCGAUAGUUAUGAGGGCGUUACCCACGCUUUGCGAUCCACUGAGUACACUGAUCGCAACCCCCAGUAUCAGUGGUUCCUGGAUACCCUAGGCCUUCGACAGGUUCACAUGUGGGACUUUUCGAGAAUGAAUUUUGUCAAGACGUUCCUGUCUAAGCGUAAGCUUGCUAAACUUGUUGACUCUGGCAGGGUCUGGGGCUGGGACGAUCCCAGAAUGCCCACUAUCAGAGGUGUUCGUCGUCGUGGUAUGACUCUUACUGCUUUGCGAGACUUCAUCAUCCGCCAAGGACCCAGCCGUAACGUCGUCACCAUGGACUGGACCAGCUUCUGGGCUGCCAACAAGAAGGAAAUCGACCCUGUUGUUGCUCGCCACACCGCCCUUCUCCAGGCCAACGCCGUCAAGGUAAAGCUCACUGGUGCCGAGGUUCCUUCAGGCGUCGUCACCGAACAGCGACCCAAGCACCCCAAGAACCCCGACGUGGGCAUGAAGGAUGUAGUGUACUCCCCUGAGAUAUAUAUUGACCAGGAAGACGCCAAGAGCUUCAAGUUAAACGAGGAGAUCACUCUGAUGGGCUGGGGCAACGCUUUUGUCCGCGAGAUCCCUUCCGAGGACCCCAUUACGACCAUGACCAUGGAGCUUAACCUCAAGGGCGACUUCAAGUCUACUGACAAGAAGAUUACUUGGCUUUCUGCUGAGGGUCUUGAGCCCGUGCCAGCCGAGCUGUGGGACUUUGACUACCUCAUCACCAAGGACAAGCUCGAGGAGGACGACAAUGUUGAGGAUUUCCUGAACCCCGACACCUUCAGCCUUGUAGACGCCAUCUGUGACGGCGGCGUUGGCAAGCUCAAGAAGGACGAUAUUAUUCAGCUUGAGCGACGUGGCUUCUACAGAGUAGACAAGGGCCUGAAUGACUGGGCCCCCGGCGAGGCUGGUCUCAAGGGCAAGAGAGUUGUGCUGUUCUACAUUCCCACGGGUAAGACGGGAGGCAAGUAA